AUGGAUGUAUAUGAAGAGGACCAAGCAAUACAUAAGCAAUCUGCAGCUGAUAGAACAAGACUACCACUGGUGUCCACCGAGAACAAGAAUGGAGUCACUCGUUCGAGGUACCGGUCAUCUUCCCCCACGAAACGCUGGACACCAUCAACCUCAACUCAUGCAACAUCAUCAAAGAGGGCUAUAUCAGCUGAAAGGAAUCGACCCUCUAGACCAUCAUCACCGCGAUCUCCAUCAACCCCAAUUCAGGAUACAUCUGCAGGAUUGUUGUUGGCAUCAAGAAAGGUAGCCGGCAACAAGAUGCCAGAGGCCUUAUGGCCUUCAACAACGCGGAGCCAGAAUGUUUCUUUACAGCCUGAUACAUUUUUUAUUCCUGUCAGUAAGAAAGAAAAACCAGUUUCUUAUAUUCCAGAAAGGAAGCAAACUCCACUUGAAGGUAUGAGUUCUGCUGAUCAAUCUGAGAAUUCUAAACCUGUUGAUAGUUUGUAUCCACGUAUGGUGGACCAACAUCGAUGGCCAAGCACAACUGCCGGGAAAGUGUCCACUAUCCUAAGCACAAGUAAUGACAUGUCUGAUAAGACUACAAAAACUUUAUCUUCAACGUGUACAGAAACAGGUACACCUUCCCCCAGGAUAGUAUCUAUGGAUGGGAAAAGUAAACGUAUGCUAGUAUCUUGUUAUGAGAAUGGAAGAGAAUUGGUUGAUGAGUGCUCAGUUGAUGAUUUUUCAACACCAAUUGCAAGGUCUGAUUCUUCAAGUUCAUCAGAUAGAACACAGAUGUCAAAUGCUGCCGCGAAACAUAUGGCUGCUCCAGCUCUUGGAUUGCUAUCUACCGUGUCUAAAUGGAUCAUUCCCACUCGAGGAAAGGCUGUCAAUUCCUCUGGAGGAUCCAGCCCUGCUCGGAAAAGACCAUCCAGCCCUGCUCGGAAAAGACCAUCCAGCCCUGCUUGGAUAAGACCAUCCAGCCCCACCAGGAAACUUCCGAGUGCAGCUUCAGUUUUUAGUUUUCUUACAGAUAUCAAACAUGGAAAGAAGGCUAAGCACAUUGAAGAUGUCCAUAACUUGCGCCUUUUAUACAAUAGACUCUUGCAAUGGCGAUAUGCAAAUGCUCGGAGUGAUGAUGCAUUGCAAUCUCAGAAAGUAAAAACGGAGAAAGUGUUGUCCAGUGUGUGGAUGGAAAUUGUUGCUGUUUGGGACUCAAUAAUAGAGAAAAGGAUUGAGAUUCAGAAAUUGAAGCUCAAGUUGAAGCUUUACACAAUUUUGGACAAUCAAAUUUGUGGACUUGAAGAGUGGAAAUCAACUGAAAUGGAUCAUAUUAGCUCAUUAAGUUGGGCCAUAGAGGAUCUACAAGCUGGCACAGUUCUUGUUCCGGUAAUAAGAGGAGCAAGGGGUAGCAUUCAAAAAAUUAAGGAGGCUGUAAGCUUGGCUGUUGAUGUGAUGCAGGCAAUGGGGUCCUCCUUACGUUCCGUACUCUUGAAGGUUAAUAGGAUGCACUCCUUGGCAUCUGACCUUGCUGAUGUAGUAAUAGAGGGAAGAGCUAUCUUUGAUGAAUAUGAAUCAUUGUUGAUCUCCAUAGCUGAAUUACAGGUGGAAGAAUCCAGCCUUAGGACCCAUUUACUACAGAUGAAACCAGCUCGGAGCAAUGAUGAAACAUCGAUAUAUGGGUAUUAA